AACGAUUUUCAAACCCAAUUUUUUUUUCUUUUUUCUCUUUUCCUUCAUGCUUCCUCUUCUCUUUUUCGCGUAACCUUUUUUUUUCUAUAUAAAUAUGAGUCAAAUAGAACCUUUCACAGCUAAUUUGAAAGCAGUGAAAUUAUUACUUGGCAUGAUAAAAACUAUACAAUUUAGACCGGUAGCGACUUGCGAUAUUCAAGAAGAAGGUUUGACUUUUACUGUAACUGAACACCAAAGUAUAAAAGCUGUUGUUUAUGCAAAACGUAUCAUGUUUGAACAAUAUCGACUUGGUACUAUUGAUCGGUCUUCAUUUGACUUGCACUUGGUGACUUUGGUCGACUGUCUAGGUGUUGUUUGUCCUUCUGGUAUGAUGGAAGGAUGCAAAAUGAAAUAUAAUGGAAUUGGAACACCAUUAGAGCUUACACGUGAAGAUAAUCAUACACACUUGACACAUACCUGCAAAAUCAAGACUAUGGAACCUGAACUGGAUACAAUAGAUUUAUCUGUGAAUGAUAGGGAAAUUGUACAAACGGUUAUUAUGAAGGCAUCAUUACUUCAAGACGCAUUAGGUGAUUUGGAUUCAAGUUGUGAACAAAUAACGAUCAAAUUCUUUUCUCAAGAUCUUCAUUUUCAGCUGUUUGGUACUGGAACAAAUGGAACAACUAGUAUGACCGAUUAUCAUGCAGAUAAUGCUGAACCUUUUAUAGCUUUUGAUUUUUCCUGCGAUGGAACAUACAAAUAUCUUUACUCUCAUAUUGCUCGAUGCACCAAAGCUUUAGAUCAAGCGUCUGAUGUUACUAUGAAAAUAUCAGUUGAAGGUUUUCUUAGCUUAUUGUUCAAGAUUGGAACCAGCGUGAAUGAUGAUGCUGCCUAUGUAGAAUUUACAUUUAUACCCUGUGUAGAAUAAUUAUAGAUCUUUUUUUUUUCUUAUUAUUAUUAUU